GUCAGUGUUUGUGAUGGAAGGAGAUUCAGUCACUCUACAGACUGGCAUUAAAACAAAACAACGAGAAAGGAUUGAGUGGUAUUUUAAUGGCUUUCAAAUAGCUAAAAUCACUGGAGAUCUUCAUUAUAUCUGUACAGAUGUUCAGUGUAAAGAUGCUGAUGAGAGAUUCAGAGACAGACUGAAGCUGGAUCAUCAGACUGGAUCUCUGACCAUCACAAACAUCACAACCACAGACUCUGGACUUUAUCAUCUAAAGAUCAACAGCAGAAGAGGCAAAAUCAGUACAGAGAUUUUCAUUGUUGCUGUAUCUGGUUUUCUGGGUGUUGGUGGAGAUGGAUUAUCAGCAUUUGUGAUGGAGGAAGAUUCAGUCACUCUACACUCUGAUAUUAAAAUAAACCAGCGGAAAGAUAUUGAAUGGAUUAUGAAUGACAUUCGCAUUGCUAGAAUCACUGGAGAUCUUAGUAAUAUCUGUACAGACGUUCAGUGUAAUGGAGGUACUGAGAAUUUCAGAAACAGACUGAAGCUGGAUAAUAGAACUGGAUCUCUGACCAUCACAAACAUCACAAUCACAGACUCUGGACUUUAUCAACUUUAUCAGAUCAGCAGCGACACCAGUAAAAUUACAUUUGGUGUUGAAGUCCAUAAUGUUUCUGCUGCAGAACGAGAUGAAAUAAAGCGAAAGUCAGUGAAAGAGGGAGAAUCUGUCACUUUGGACACUUUAAUAAAGACCCUACAUCAUUCAUUGUCAUGGUAUUUUAAUGACAGUCGUAUAGCUGAAAUCAGUGGAAAUCAGAGCAAGAUCUUUACAGAUGUUCAAUGUGAAGAUGGUGAUGAGAGAUUCAGAAACAGACUGAAGGUGGAUCAUUCAUCUGGAUCUCUGACCAUCACAAACAGCAGAAUCACUGACUCUGGAGAUUAUCAACUAAAUAUCACCAGCAGCAGAUUCAGCAUCAUUAGGCGCUUCAGUGUUUCUGUCAUUGCUGAUCUAACAGGAAUAUAUGCUGCUGUUUCUACUGUUCUGCUGCUGGUGAUCGCAUCUGCUGGUUUAAUUUACUCUUGCAAGUGCCAUUCAAGAAGGAAACACAUCAGGACCCAGCGCAAUGAUCAGGUGAAUGAUGUUGAAGACUUCUCCCCUGAUCAGACUGAAUCUAUUUCUCCCGCCAGUCAGACAUCCCAGACUGAGACUGAUGCUGUUAAUGAGGCACCAACGUAAUAUUAUUCAUUAUUAUGAUACAUUGGCAGUAUCAUAGAGGCAGUGAAGAGACGAUUGGAAAUGAGAGAAGAGCAUCAGCUGAAAAUGACAACACACAUACCAAACAAUAUUUUCUAUCCCCUAACCCAACCCUAACCCCAAACCUGUUUGCAUUGUUACAUCUUCAGAUAAACAUCAUUUACUAUUUUUAAUCAUUUUUUUACAUUGUGGGGACCGCAUGCCGGUCCCCACAAUGCCGUUUUACUAUCCUUGUGGGGACAUUUGGUCAUUUGGGAAAAACGGAACUUGUCAACCACUUUCCCCUUCUUCAGCACCAUUGACCUUGACUUGGAGGGCUUAAAACUCAUUCUAGCCCAGGCAAUGAGUCUCUCUAGCCCUUGUAAGAUCCGCCUGCUCCCUGGGACGGAUGUCGUUGUGAUGGUAAGGUCAUCCAUAUACAGUUGCAAUCAAAAUUAUUCAACCCCCCAGAGACUGCAGUACUUUACAAAUACAAGUUUUUCUGAAGAUCCAGGACUUUAUAAAAAUUGCAUCUACAACAGUUUAAUGGCAUAUUAAAAGUUAUAAUGUCAAUAUAGAAUGUAAUGUUUUUGAGUUAUAGGAUUAUUUUUUAAUAUCACACCUGUGUCAUAAUUAUUCAACCCCUGUUCAACAUUGCCAUUUUAAGUCACUUAUUUUUUAUGGUAGGGAACAAAAUUGUCUUAAAACACAAUUAAGCCUUAUAAACUUUAUUAAAAAACAGAAUUAGCUUGGGGUGUGACACAUACAUACAGUUGCAGCCCAUGCAUGUGCUGAAGUUGAGUCGCUAAUAUGACACAGUCAACAGAGCUCUCACAAAAACUAUAGAGAAGAAAUUGUCUUAUUUUAUUAGAAAGUCUAAGGCUACAUUAAGAUUUCCAAGACAUUAAAAGUUCCUAGAGACGCAUCUGGCAGCCUUAUUCCUUAGUUUGAAGUGUGUUGUACCAGAAAACCUUUGAGGGAGUUGAACAAAAAAAGCACAAUAUCAUAAAAUGUUUGAUCACAGCAACUGAGAAAAACCUGCAAUGUACAGCCAAACACUUGCAAUAUGACCCGAUGAAACGAGGAAAAACAUUUCAAAGCAGUGUAUGAAAAGAACACUAGACAAGUAUGGCCUUCAUGUUAAGGCAUCUUGCCGAAUACCACUCUUGACCAAAAAGAACAAAAAGGCCGACCUGAACAUGCUAAAAUUCAUUUGGAUAGACCUGUGGAGUUCUGGAAUGGAAUAAAAGAAUGUUUCAUGGAGUGAUGUGACCAAACUAGAACUAUUUUGACCUGUGGAUCAGCGGUAUGUCUGGAGCAAAAAAAGACAAAACUUAUAAGCAGAAGAACACCAUCUCCAUCGUCAAACAUGGAGGUGGAUCAGUCCUGUUAUGGGGUUGUUUUACUGUAGCAGGAAGUGGAAAACAUGACAGUAUGAAGGAUAUCAUGUAUUCUUUGAAGUAUCAGGUCAUUUUGGCAAGAAUUGUGAUGCUUUUGGUGCAAUGACUGAAGCUGAUGAUCAAUGGACUUUCCUGCAGGACAAUCUUCCCGAAGUAUACAUCCAAAUCUACUUAUGCUUGGUUCAGGGAUCAGUCAUAGAAUGUUCUUGAGUGGCCUGUUCAGUCUCCAGAUUUAAUUCUCAUUGAAAAUAUUUGGUUGAAUUUGAUUAAAGCAGUGGCAAUGUGAAAACCAAAGAUUAUCAGUGAUCUGAAAGCUUUUUCAGGCAAGGAAUGGGCCAAGAUUGCAGUAGAGAGGAGACAGAAGCUUCCAAGCACUUUCAAGCAGCGAUUAUUGGUGGUUUUAAAGAAUAAAAGAUUCUGCACCAAAUUUUACUUUUGGGGGUUGAAUAAUUUUGAAGAUGAACGUUUGGAGCCAAUUUUAUUAUUUUAUUUUUUUUCUUACAUUACUUACUUACGUUAUCAGAAUUAUUCAAAUGUGUAAUGACAAACUUUCUCCAAUAGUGUACUGACGCCUUUGUUGAAUUGUUUUCACAAAUUUUUGUUCUCUGGAUCAAAAUGUCUUGCAGGUCAAGGGGGUUGAAUAAUUUUGAUUGCAACUGUAAGCUCUUAUAGGGGGCUGUCGUACGCCUGACUUAGUUAAGGGCCCUCUGCACUCCACUUCGGCUGACUUGACCACCAAGUUCAUGGCAAGGGCGAAAAGAAUAACCGAGAUGGUACAGCCUGUUAUAAUUCCUUUCUCAAUGCGAUGCCAGUCUGAUGUUUCUGACCCAGAUGUGACCCGCAUCUUGAAAUUAUUGAUGAGAGCUUUGUUGGGCUCCAGCUCCUGUUCUCUAAGGGGAUCGUUCACUGUGUCCUGCAGGAAGCGAUUCACUUCCUCUAUCGAGCACUCAAGCCGAGCGCUACGCUUGUCUCCGAGCAGUUGUUUUGUGAAGCCGAAGAGAUUGCAGAUAAAGGCCGCUCGCUUCCUGGCUCUCUCUCUCCCCCGUCUCCGGUGCCACUCUGCUCUGCAUAGGAUCAUCAGCUUCUUCCGCAAAAUGUUUUGCAGCUCUGCUAAUGGUUGCUUCUCCUCAUCAGUAGCUUUCUUGUACUGUUUCUUGAGGGAACGAAGCUCCUGACGCAAGUGAUGUAUCUGGGUAGCCCUGCAGUUCAUGGUGUAGGUAGGCUUGAUUUUUAUUUUAUUUUUUUUAUUUUUAUUUUUUUUCCUUUCUCUACCCAGCCAAAUCUU